CCAAAAUUAGCUAGACCGCAAAAGAGGAUCACUGAACAGCUUAGUAUAUGCAGCCUGAGGCUAUCCCGUGACGAGUUUAUCAAUUGGUGCGGUCUCAAGUUUUCCUGAAUUUUCGUGCUAGUGUCAGGAUGUAUAGCAAUUCUCCGCCUGGACAUCAGGAUGUUUUCCAGUAUGGGUAUCCUGCGAAUCACAAUUACCACUAUAUUUCAGAUGGUGGAAGUACUGCAGGUGGCGACGAUGCCACGUUUUGGUCCAACAGUCCUUCCAGAUCCGAAUCUCCUUCACCGAAUACCCUUCAAAAUUCCAUUGCUGGCACAUACGAAAUAUACGCACAAGUGGGAAGUUCAACACCGAAUAGAUACUCUACAUAUCGUACUGCCUAUUCGACAAUAAAUUCAGAAUCCGACGUUUCGAAUCAUCAUCUACACUCUGCAGGACCAUUCGUUCGUGUGGUCAAAAGACGAACGACAGCCAACAAGAAGGAAAGAAGAAGAACGCAUUCGAUCAACAACGCCUUCUUCUUCCUGAGGAACUGUAUCCCCAAUGUACCAGCGGAUACCAAACUAUCAAAAAUCAAAACCCUCAGGCUGGCAACCUCGUACAUUUCCUAUCUGACGAGAGCGUUGGAAAGCGACGACACAGUCGGAGGUUUCAAGGCGGAACUGGCGACUAUCUCCAGGAAGUCCAGCAGUCAUCCCGUCCGAGCGGAAGACGGUGGUCAACUUUCUCCUGGAAGUGUCACGACGGAAGAUAUGGGCAAUGCGAGGAAGGCGAAAGGACGCACAGGUUGGCCGCAGCACGUGUGGGCGUUAGAACUCAAACAGGAGCAGGCGCUUUGAACCAGUGGCGGCGUCAUAAAAAAAUUUCGUCGCGAAGUUGUGAUUCAAAUGUAUGGAGAGAAUUGGGACUUAUCGGAAGAUUAGCUACUCGAGUGUUGCCUGCCUAAUAUUUUUUUUUUGUACAAAAAAAUCAAACCUUCGCAAAACUUAUUUUUACAGAGUGGGCCAAAAUGGUCACUUAUUAAGGGAAAGUCCUCUGCUCCAACUGAAGUGGUCAAAGAAACAAGUGGACCACUGAAAUUUUCGACAAUUUUCAAACUGUCAUAACUUUUUGAAAAAUUAAUGGAUUUUCGAUCGGAAUGCAGUACUCGGAAGAUUCGAUCUUCCUGUUCAAGAUUCCUCGUUCAAAACUCGUCGGGAGUUUUUCUGUCAUUAUAUACACCAAGUGUUCGAAAAAAAGUAUCACAAAAAUGAAAAAAUUCAAACGCUUCCGUAUGCCAGGGAAUUUUUUUUUCAAUUAAGCGUUUUUUCAGAACGUUCAAGCCAAUAUCUCGAAACGGUUUUGUAAUUUUCCAUAUUCCUCAUACAGGAUGUUGAAAAUCGAUGAUUUUUUGUUUUUUAUCGCAUCAUUUCCGAUUUUAAAAACACAUCCUAGAAAAUGGAUUCAUAUUGCGUUGAAAUCAUCGACAACUUCAACAGAAGAAGAAUUAAUGUUCUUUUAGAAAU